GAGCUGGUGCUCCGGCUGGGCUGGCCGCCGGGCGCCGGGCGCCGGGCGCAGACUGGAGCCAAGCUGGGUCUGAGGACUGUUCGGCUGGAAGGCUGCUGGAAUGGAGAGCCCCCUGGCAGACUGUGCUCAGGGUGGGCAUUUCCAUGUGGUCACUCCUCUGCUGGAGAGCUGGGCACUAUCCCAGGUGGCAGGCACGACCGUCUUCCUCAAGUGUGAGAACGUGCAGCCGGCCGGCUCCUUCAAGAUCCGGGGCAUUGGGCAUUUCUGCCAGGAGGCGGUCAAGAGGGGAUGCAGACACUUGGUGUGCUCCUCAGGGGGCAACGCAGGCUUUGCUGCUGCUUAUGCCGCUCGGAAGCUGGGCAUCCCUGCCACCAUUGUGCUCCCUGAGGGCACCUCCCCGCACGUGGUGAGGAGGCUGCAGGGGGAGGGGGCUGAAGUCCAGCUGGCUGGAAAGGUCUGGGACGAGGCCAGCCUGAAGGCACAAGAGUUGGCCAAGAGGGAUGGUUGGGUGAACGUCCCUCCCUUUGACCACCCCCUGAUCUGGGAAGGCCAUGCCAGCCUGGUGCGAGAGCUGAAGGCAGCACUGGGGACCCCACCGGGGGCCCUGGUGCUGGCAGUAGGCGGUGGAGGGCUCCUAGCUGGGGUGGCAGCUGGCCUCAUAGAGGUGGGCUGGCAGCAUGUGCCCAUCAUCACAGCAGAGACCCAAGGGGCACACUGUUUCAAUGCAGCCAUCAAGGCAGGCAAGCUAGUCACACUGCCAGACAUCACCAGUGUGGCCAAGAGCCUGGGUGCCAAGACUGUGGCCAGGAGGGCCCUGGAGUGCACGAAGGAGCUGGAGAUCUUCUCUGAGGUAGUGGACGACGCCCAGGCCGUGAGUGCCGUGCAGAAGUUCCUGGACGACGAGCGCAUGCUGGUGGAGCCUGCCUGCGGGGCAGCUCUGGCUGUCAUCUACUCAGGCCUCCUGGGGAGGCUCCAGGCUGAGGGCCGCCUGAGCCCCUCCCUGGCCUCGGUCGUGGUCAUUGUGUGUGGAGGCAACAACAUCAACAGUCAAGGGCUGCAGGCCCUGAAAGCCCAGCUGGGUCAGAGCUGAGGGCCCCUCCUCCGGACAGACACACCGGCAGGUGGCCGAGGGGCCUCUGGGCUCAUGGAUGGUGCAGCCGCCUCCUACAGGAAGCCCUCCUGCUCCCUGUGACUCCCCGCAGCCCUGGCCAAUAAACCCUUUCUGAGU